UUAGCAUGGUGCUCCAAACUUCGUAAUUUCCCAAAGGAGCUCAAGUCAAAAAAUCUCCAUGUUCUCCAUCUUUCUUAUUGCAAAAAAUUUGAAAGGUUCCCUGAUUUUCCACGUAAACUUGAAGGCCUAAAAUAUUUGAAUUUAAUUGGCACCGCUAUUAAAGAACUUCCUGCAUCAAUAGGAAAUCUUGUCUCUUUGGAGUCAAUGUAUUUAACUGAUUGCCGAAACUUGGUACGUCUUCCAUCUAACAUUUACAAGUUACAAAACCUUAGAACAUUGGGACUCGCGGAUUGCGAAAAUUUAGUCGAGUUUCCAAAGUUGGAGGAUUCAGCUAAUCCAUGCAUAGAGGCCAAACUUUCACAGCUAAAAGACAUAUACAUCGAAGGAAGUAAUUUAUGCAUGUUAGAUGUUCUUGAGAUUCUUUCCCGUAUUCCCUCUUUGACACAUUCACGUGUCUGGGGAAACAUCACUAUCCCUCCUACAUGCCUUAUUGAGCGUGAAAGUUUGUGUUUUUUGGAAGUUUCAAAUUACCAUCAAUUACAAGAGAUUCCCCAGCUUCCACCAAAUUUAACUCUUGAGGCAAACUAUUGUGAAUCUCUGCAAGAAAAUGGAGAAUCAAAUUCAGAAGCAGAGAGUUCACUUAUGCACAAAGACAGUUCGAUUGGAGCAAAUCUAGAGGAAGAUUUGCAAGAUUGUCCAAUAAUUACUGAGGAACAAAGUCAAAUGGUGCAAAAGAAAAAUUAUGAGGCAUGCAAACCAAGACCGUGUGGACUUCUGACUCGAUUGGCAAAGAUGAGUAUGGCAGUGUUGGUCGCUGCUUUGUUGUUAGAAUGGGCAAGAAACUUGCUAAGGAAGCAAUUCGGAGACCAACCUCCAACUCCACCGAUGCCGCUUUCAGCAUCACGACUCCUCAUCUUCCACACGACACCACCAGUGAGCUCUGACGACAUGGGAGAUCGCCACCUGCCGGCGGAGGCGACGAACAGAAGGAGUUCGUCAUCCGGAAACAGAGUCCCUAGAAGGUGUUUCUUCGAGAGACGUUGAAUAAGGUGUUUCUUCGUGAGUUUUGUCUGUGGAUGCUUGGUAGUGAAUACACUAGCAAUCGACGUUACAUGCUGCAAAAUCAACAACGAUUCCCUAGAAGG